AUGAGCACCUCAUCAAUUCCAUUGCCAAGCGAGGAAAUCCACACACCCAAUCCACAUCCAGCAAGAGGUAUCUACGGCUUUGCACUUUAUAUUUUUGGUUGGAUCGGGCUCAUCGUCUAUCUCAUUUGGGCAAUUGUGCCAACACCGAUUCUCGAAAGUUUUGGAAUUACGUACGUUCCGGCUAAAGCUUGGGUUGUUGUGGUGCCACUUGGAAUAUUUCUUCUGACGAUUCUCUUCCCACUCACCAUCUUGUUCAUCAACAUUUUUCGUUUUCAGGGAGUAUUCGACGAUAUUCAGCAUAUCGAGAAAGACUUCGGAGACGAUCUUUUUGCGAAAAUGUUGGCGAGGAUUUGUCGUUUUUCUCGAAGAUAUCCAUCAACAUCAACAUCAAUACCGACAUCUGGGCAACAUAAAUGGAAAAGAGUUGAAGGAUCGAGAUCAAGCAAGGUUUUUGAGAUCCAAAAACGAUUGGCUGAAUACGAAAGAAAUGUUCGCUUGGUUGAGAAAAAUACAAGUGACUAUUCAGUGGAAUCGAUUAUGGCUGAACAACAUAUACAGUCAAACACGCAAGAAUUUGCAAAGCUGUUGACAAGACGAGAACAAGAAACCCUAAAAAUUGAGGACAAAGGAGAAAACACGGAUUGCUAUACGCGAGAAAUAAGGAAAUACACGUUCCCAUUGGCUCAAAAUGAACAGAUCGAUUAUACUUCAUCGUUGAAAGAUGGCUCUUCUGGUGGAGAAACAUCUCUUUCAGCCAUCGAUCGAGGAUUCUACAUUGAAGGAGACAUUUAUUUUGAUGAAUAUCGGGCUGGUACAAUUCUUGAUUUGCCUGAAGAUGAAAUGACAAGGGCAACCGCCGAUCUUUAUGGUCCAGAGGAUGCUGUUGAACACAUCGAAUUUCAGUUACCAGGGCAAAGCAAUGAAAUUGUAUCAGCGGAAGAAGAAGAUGUAAAUAAGACGUGGAUUGAACAAUUCGGGACUCUCGACCCAUCGCGGCCGGAAAGUCGUCGAUCUUGUUGUGGGUGUGGAGCUCAUUUUCAUUGUAAGGACCCUUCUUUGCCUGGUUUUGUCCCAGUGGAACUCUUUGAGAAAGUCGAACGUCCAAGGAAAACAACUGAACAACACUUAUGCAAAAGAUGUCAUCUAUUGAAACACCAUAAUUUCUUGCUGAAUGUGAAUGUUUGUCCGGUUGAUUACAUGAAAAUGAUGGAACAUUUGAAGAUGAAAGAGGAGGCUCUCAUUCUUUUGAUUGUUGAUAUGACGGAUUUGCCUGGAUCAAUUCAUCGUCAAUUACCCCAUAUCAUUGGAGAAAGAAAACCGAUGAUUGUUAUUGGUAAUAAAGUCGAUCUUCUUCCUCCCGAUGCUCGUUGUGGAUAUUUGAAAAGAUUUCGACAAGUUGUUGAAUCAACCAUUGAAGAAGCUGGAUUUAAACAUAAAUUCAAUCUUUUGCACACAGCAUUGGUCAGCGCCAAAACGGGUUAUGGAGUCGAGGAUUUAAUUACGCAAAUUCACAUGAAUUGGAUCAAUCCGAGAAUGGGCGCGAGAGCGGACAUGUAUCUUGUCGGAUGUACAAAUGCUGGCAAAUCAACCUUGUUUAACUCGUUUCUUCAGUCGGAUUUGUGCAAAGUGAGGGCUGUUGAUUUGGUGGAAAGAGCAACAACUUCGAUUUGGCCUGGAACAACGAUAUCUUUGCUGAAGUUUCCUGUGAUGAAAGUAUCCCCACAUCGACUUGAGUUGAGGAGAAGAAGAUUACUCGCUAAUAAAGCUUGGCAACAAAAGGAAAACUACAUGCGCAAAUUAGCGCUUCAAGAAACUGGAGAGAGCAAAUAUGCUGUGUUGACGGGACUUCUACAAAAUACUUACAAGGAGAGAGAGGAUGAAUUGCAACCGGUGAGCAUGAAUGAGCUGCAAGGAAUAGCUGAACCGAAAAAAGAUGAGAAAAAAUGGUCAUUAGAUGAUCACAUCUUCGCAAAGGGUAAUUGGUGUUAUGAUACGCCCGGUACUGUGAAUCAAGACCAAGUUCUUGGUUUGUUCACUUUGUCUGAGUUAGUAAAAGUGCUUCCUCGGCAACUAUUGACUCCAAGAACGGCAAUUGUAAAACCAGGAAAUUCUCUGAUAAUUGGCGGUGUUGCUGUUGUAGAUCUUCUUUCAACAACAACUGGAGAUUCGGCGUUGUUGACAGUGUUUGCAAGUGGCAAUCUUCCAUUGAAUGUGGUUGCAACAAGGGAUGUCGACAAAUUUCUCGAGGUUAACCUACCAAAAGGUACGCUCGUUGUGCCGCUGCCAGACCCGAAACGAUUGGAGAAAUGGCCGAAAAUGGAGGGUGAAGCUUUUGAGAUUGUCGGUUGUACUGAUGAAAUUGCGGCAACAGAUUUGGUUUUAUCAAGCAUCGGUUGGGUAUCCAUCACAUCACCAAAUGGAGUGAUCAUCCGUGGAAGAAUUCCAACAGGAAAAGGUGUCACUACACGGGAAUCACUGCUACCAUAUGCAGCUGAAUUGAGAGGAAAAAGAAUCCCGGGGACACCAUUUUAUUCGGUAAAGCCUGUCGAGUUUCCAAUCAAUGUGAGGCGUCAACAAGCGAUUCUCAAUCGACGGAGAUUUAAAGGGAUC